ACACCCCCCAUAUAAGGUAAAAAUGUCUCCCCCUUCCCUCCUCUCUCUUCUUUUCUCCACAUUCGUUUCGAGUUUCGUUUUUUUCGAUCUCAAAGAUCACCGGAUUACACGGUUCUCAGUUUGACAAUUGUCUAGCAUUACCUGUUAUCAGAGUUUAUUCAACCACCGAAUCAUUUACCCUAUGCAUGGGAAUUCUUGAAUCACCUCAAUUACCGGAAUGUUUUAAGAUUCGAACGCACCGAGGCCGAGGCACUGUGCAUAGAGAUUACGGCCGAGAUGGCCGUGGCCGAGGCUCACUUAUCCGUUGGCUAAACAAUUUUACAGGAAUUAGUACAAAGUAUAUUAUAAAACAAACAAAAAAUUGUAAAAUAAUGUUGAGUCUUUAUUUUUUUAUUGAUACAGCCAAAAGGAGAAUUUUUUGCUCUUGUUUAUGUGUUUAGCGCGAUUUGAUCAGACAGUCCAACAACGGUGGGAGCAACUCUUAAACAUGGCGCUCUACAUGCAUCGUGCGUGCCGAACAGCGCGGGUUUUCCAACAAAUAUUUUCUACUCUGGAAGAAACGCUGCCGCAGAGGUUGAUCGGUUCAUCGCGAACCAUCCUCUCCGACGCGUACUACUGCCGCGAUGCUUGGAACGAGCGACUCGAGGACCCCGUCCUUCGCAACGUCGACAUCGACAAGUACUUCGUCGAGCUCAGUAAGAAGUUCGGUUCAAAAACGAAAGCGAGCGCCGUGGACGUCGACAUUUACCUGAACAAGAUCACGAACAAAGACUACGCGGUGGAAUUCGAGAACGUUUUGAACCGACUCCGGCGCAGCCGGAACUCGGCAGACACUUUACCGUCGACGCCGGCGGCUGCGGUGCGCUUCUUUUUGGAAUCUGAGCAGCACGACGUACUCAUGAAAAUCCUCCAAAACCGGCUGGACUACGGAGUGUUCCCGGACUACUACAGUAGCAACUUGCUCAUGGAUACCUUCCUAGAAAAGGGAAACCAUCGUGACGCCGCCAAAGUCGCCAUCGAGAUGAUGCUUCAGGAAGACACCGGCAACGCCGUGAGUCAGAUUCUGGGUGUCUACGCUUGCCACAUGUAUCUGCGGGAGCCCAAACCCGAACCGUGGGAACCGAACCCACCCGCCGUCGAGGAGGAGGACGACGACGACGAAGAGAUAUACGUGCGCGUACCCAACAUAACCAACCCGUUCUUUGACGACCACUUCGACUUGAACGAGCCGAAUCACUUGAUCGGCAAGACGCUCGCGCUGUUCUGCGGCAGAGGGGGAGAUCUUCUGCAUAGGAGCUAUUACCUCGUCGGACUGGGACUCUAUCAAAAGUGGCAGAAAGCCGCCGAGUUCCUAGAAGCGGCGUCGGCCAAAGGUGGUGGAGAAGAGUUCGUGACCCGUGGUGCAGUCGACAUGUUCCUUGCCGAGCUGACGCGGGAAGGUGGGCUCGCUGAGGACGACGACACUCGAAAGAGGCUUGAGACGGCACUGAAGACGUUAGAGUCACGGUUUUCGACCGCUGACCUGCACGAACUCGCCUCGAAGACUCUAGAAAAGAUUCCCGAAUUGGAAGCGGCCGAUAUCGAAGCCCAGAAACGCAAUUUCGUGAGCUGGCGGGAGCAGCGGCAGCGAGCGCUCGAAGAGCAGACGACGCUGUUCCUCCGGCAGCAGACGAUCGAGGAGAUCCGUGCGCGCAAGAAGGAACUGGGCGAAAAAGAAGAGUUGCUCUACGCCUUCGAGAACUGGGACCAGAUCGAGAUGAAGAUGGCCGAGGUGCAGGCGGAUAUGGACGAACUGGCCGCCAAGGAAAACGUCCAGGAGGAGUACAUCCCGCCCGAAGUGGACAAGCGCUUUGUCUCCAAAUAGUGUAUGUGGUCCGCGAUAAUAACUUGCAAGACACGUAGAUUCUAGGAAAAAAUGUUAUGGUGCCAGUCAUGGUCGGUUCACCAAAAAAACCCGUCAUGAGGUGUUUGAAUAAAUGGAAUAAAUUUUUGUUGUACAGAA